AUGCCUCCAAAGAGAAAGCCCUCAAGAAUAAAAUGGACGGAGUCAAUGAUAAAUUAUCUUUUCGAAUGUCGUACAAGAGCUGAGGAGACAAGCAGACUUAACGACACAUCCAAUGCAGAGCGAUACGGAUAUAUGAAGAUUAUAAAACAACUAUGGGACGAGAAAGGGUACUCCUCGCUUGGUCUAACGGCUCAGAAUUUAUGA